AUGUCUACGACCGGCGGCUUCUGGAUGGUAGAUACAGGUGGCAUAGCUUUGAAGUACCUGGCAUACGAACUUGGUCUUCCCCACCAAGAUAUAUGGCGAUCUGGUCUAACGAUGGAAAUACGGAUGCCAGUAUGGACUUUAUACGUCAUCUUGGCCGCCAAUAUACUUCUGAGAGGUACAAAGGAAGUGGAUCUCCUUACAAGGUAUAUUUCGAACAUACAAUGCAUUGUGAUGGACAUGUGCACGUGGUUCCUCACAGAAGACCGUGGUUUAACUCCACCUAAAGACUUGGAUUUCGUUUUGGGCUGUCCGCCUGAACCCGAGAGAUAUUGUGUGUAUCUUAACGUACUUCAUGAUUUAGUGUCUCAAAUUGAGGCAAAGAUCUUUAAGGUUGACAAGAAAGAUCGCGUCAAGCUCAGUCUCGAAAGCUUUAAUGGCGCCUGUAUUGAAGCGGGAAAACUGUGCGUCAAGAAUCAAUAUCCCGUCAACUACUACCUUGACUACGAAAGAGAGUUUCCUGGAUUUCGGAAGAACUUCAAGCAGGUCGCCAACAUGAAAGAAUUGCCAGGAAUCAGGGACACUAAAUCUUCAAACCCAGAAUCAGACAAUGCAGACGAGGAACUUUUCGACGUAGACGAAGAAGGCGAGACCGAGUUAGAAAACAUGAGAUACAGUACUGCCGGUGCAGUAUAG